AUGACACUUAUCAAGAAAUUUAGCCGAUUUCUCACGGAUCUACAUUCUCAAUUACUUGAAAAUUAUCGAGAGUAUUAUAAUUCCAAAAUAUAUCCCAUACGUGCCGUAUAUCGAAGACAAUACUUGAGCGACGACGAAGUUCAAUACCUUCGUCCCGUUUGUAAAUCGACAAAUUCCGUUAUUAAGUUGACGACAUUUACUUCUGCAUCACUCGACCCUGAAAUUGCAAUGAAUUUUAUACCUUCUUCAGACGAUCGUAUCCCUUGUUUAUUUGAGAUUAUUAUAACCGACGAGUACAAGAUAGAAGAAAGUGAUGCAUGGGAUGAUACACAAACGUUUGCAAAUAUUUCCUCAUUAUCAGAAAUGCCAGAGGAACAAGAAGUGCUCUUUUCUCUUCUGACACAUUUUCGUGUGAAAGAUGUCGGUGAUCUAAUAAUUCAGCGUGAUGGUCGCUGGGUGCCAAUUACGCUCCAACUCAUCAAUGCUAAGACGACAAACUACGCUUAUAUAGUGUCUUAG